ACACCGCCAGCUAACAAAUCGAGACCACAUCAACAUAGUAGAUCGGACUAAGUCGCUCGUCAAAACAGUAUCGCCGGCGGCACCUACUCGAGCGCAACUUGUUUGAACAACAACGGGAAUCUUCCCCAACGUGAACCGCAUUUGUCAAGGUCAAGAUUCCCGCAACAAUCGUUAGUUUUCCGCCACUUUCAUCUGAACCGAGGUGGUGGCGGCAGAACCGACAGUGACGAAGAUUCGACGAAAUAGUCGGAAAAAUUCUUCGGAAAACAUUUGUUUUUCUGGUGGCGGCGCCCAGACCUUGGGAGAUUUUGUGUGUGUGUUUUUUUUCGAUGUUUUGAUAUCGGUUUUGUACUGCAAUUUGUCACCCGGAAGGCACUAAAGCAACUUUGGCAAUCAAUCAACCGCACAACACAUGUGUGUUAACAAGCUCAGGAAAAGUCUCAGGUUGUGAAGUCGAAGUCGUCCCGUGUCUGAUUUCAGCAGUUUUUUUGCAAAGUCUGAUCAGUACUCGAGACCAACGUCGAAAGCUCGAAGCCUCUUCAAAAGUGCUCAAAUUAUACUUUUUUUGAAGAGUGUGCAAGAGUGGGUUGCCCGUCCAGAAAGAGAUGGCAACACUGUUGAGAGCUUUCGGAAGCUUUUUCAACAAACACCCGUUGGCGGGAAAUGGUCUCGUGUACGGGACGCUGUACGUGGGGGCAGAAUUUUCUCAGCAAACAAUCACGAGGAAAUUCCUGACUGAUCCCCCGCAAGACAUCGACAAGCCAACGCUGGGACGAUACGCCAUCAUGGGAACGUUCGUCUACUCACCGAUCCUCUACAAUUGGUACAAAUGGCUCGAUAAGACUUUUCCCGGUACUGCCAAACGAAUCGUGCUUCGGAAGCUGCUGCUGGACCAGUUCAUCCUGACGCCACCGCUGCUGGUGAUCUUCUUCACUGGAAUGGCCAUGAUGGAGCGCCAGCCCAGCAUCGUCGAGGAGUGCAAGCAAAAAUUCGUGCCUACCUUCGCCCGGUCCUGUCUGUUCUGGCUGCCGGCGCAGACCGUCAACUUCCUGCUGGUGCCUCCCAAGUUCCGCGUCGUGUACGUCGGCUCGUGUGCCUUCGCCUGGGUCAACAUCCUGUGCUGGGUCAAGCGGCAGAAGCUCACCGGAAAGACCUCCUCCUCCCCUGUAUCCUCCAGUGGCAGUGGUGGCAGUACUUCUGCCAUCGCCGUGUCCAAGUCCGCCGGAACUCCGUAAUCCACGCGGUUUUUUUUUCGAAGCGUAUUGUGUACAUCUUUAGAUAGGUCGUUUUUUAACUAAGCUGUAGCUAAAACAAGAGAAUUAAAUGCGUUUUCACAUAUUUCGCCUCCGAUUGAAAUGUUACCGUCAUUUAUUAUAGCUGUUCGCAGAAAAACAAGAGAGAAUAAUAAAAAAGCUGCAUAUUUUUCUUCCCGAAUAAAAAAUGAAUCUCUA